AAACAAUCAAACAAGAAAAUUCUCUUUAAAGGUGCGACCAUUUCUCAGGAAGUCUUUUGUUUAAUAAAUACCGUGCGGGAUACCGGGAGAGAUAAAUUAAUUUAAUACCAAUGUAUUUUUUAAAAAAUUAAUAGGAAAAGAACUGAAGAAAAACUGAACGAAAUCAAAUGGUAUAGAGGACGCAACAAACUUUGUAUAAUUGCAGAUAUGGCGUUCCAGCGUCUUGUGGGUUUCUUCGUUUGUCUUCUGCUCAUUGUGAAAGCGGAAGGCAGGUGGACUUCACAAAGUCUAAUCACAGUAGCCUUCCCUACGGCCGUGACUAACUUUACUGUAGAGGAUUUGCCAAACUUGAGGGAGUAAGUUGACCAUGCACAUUUCACUGAUACGUUAUGUAAAUAAAUGUUUAUUAUCCCCCAUUAUUGCUCACAGUGCGAUACUCCAUUGCUGAACAUACAAGCAGAUGAACAAGAAUAAUGUAUGGCCUAAAAUAAGCUUGAGAAAUGAAUUUAAUGAGAUUUGUGUUCUCUACACAUAAGCUGAUGAUCGUCACAAUGCAUACAGAUGUAAUUAGAAGUUAUCCAACCAGGUGUAAUUAAAAGUUAUCCACCAGGUGUAAUUAAACGUCAUUCAUCCAGGUGUAAUUUGAAGUUAUGCAUUCAGAUGUAAUUAGAAGUUAUGCAUCCAAGUGUAAUUAGAAGUUAUGUUUCCACUCAGUUUUUGCCUUUAUAUCUCAAUUUAAAAGUAAAUAAAAGUCUAUUUUUUAAACUGUUACGAAAUACCAAGAGCGCACCUUGCGGUCGGUAGGACCAAAUGGUCAGUGCCAGACGACUGACCACCUGUGGAGGCGGGGGGUUAGUUUCAAUCCCGCCUCACCCAUUAGCCUACCCAGUGGUGCAUAUGUGGUGACUUCCGCGCGCGCCACCUUGGAGUUUAAAUUUAGGUCUCACAUUAAAUGAAUAGGCGUGUGUUGUGUGCUCACCCUGAGAUGAAAAGUAAGCAUUCAAAAAAUAAUAAAUCAGACUGCAUUGUGUUAAUGAGUACUUCCCUGACAUCCAAAGUAACCCACCAUCUUUUGUUUGGCUUCCAAUUUGCAAUGCAACAAAAGGUUUACGUGCAUAAUAUGUCCGACAGAACAAUAAUUUUGAAAGACCCGGGGCUCCAUAUUCAACUACACUUUGUAGGCUAAACUGAUAAAUACACAUUCCGCGAACGCGUGUUCGAUUGUAACAGGGUGCAACCUAUAUGAAUAAGGACCACUGAUCUGGGUGUCACUUUUUCUCAACCUGUGGGUCGCGACCCUUUUGGGGGUCAAACGACCCUUUCCCAGGAGUCGCCUAAGACCAUCUGAAAACACAUAUGCUCUACAGUUAUGAAGUGGCAAAGAAAAUAAUUUUGUGACUGGGGGUCGCCACAACAUGACGAACUGUAUAAAAAGGUCGCGGCAUUGGUAAGGUUGAGAACCACUGCUUUAGCACAUACACACCCACUGUGUGCUGGACCCUACUUCUUGGCUGGUCAGUCCUGCACGGCGACUGACAUCUCGUGACCAACACGUGACGCCAAUGUCAUUGUUUCCCGGUGGGUGCUAAAUUAGGCAGGUUCCAUAUAACCCGAUCAUUUAUGGAAUUUUGAAAUGAUAGAGACGACUGAUAGAGGGCAAACUUAGUAAUUGCAAUGAACGAUCUCUUUCAUUAUUGAGACACAUGAGCCUAAGUAGUGUUUCAAAUUAACAACUUAUCAAGCUCAUUGAACGUGCUCCUUAAAAAGGAUAUCGCGACAGUUAGACCUACGAACACGCGCCAUGUCUUUUACAGAGCCACGUGCGCAUGCGUUUCAGACGAGCAUUUAUGAUUUAUAUUGUAAUAGUUGAAGAUGCUGAGCCGCGCCAAGUUUCACAUAAAACCAGAUACCAAUCAGCGCUUACUCUUUAUUGAGCUCCCGCUAGACGUACAGCCGUGCGCUAAUUCUUACAUCACCCUCGUGUUAACGGGCCUGUGUAGUCCUACCAGUCACAUCAUUGCAGUCACAUCAUUGCAGUCACGUCAUUGCAGUCACAUCAUUGCAGUCACAUGCUGCCCCGUGAAUAAGUCUGACGUAGACACCACGUAUGCGACCAUGUCAUUGCGAUCGCCAAAAAUCUAGAAUUGUAUUUUUAACUGGGUGAUCGAGUACCCCAUUGUCUCCGUGCUUAAAAUAGGUACGGGAUAUUUGUUACUAAGGAAUGUUUUACAAAUGUAAUUGACGCUUUCUCAUCUCGGGGUGCAAAACUCUGCACCUUUCACGAAAGCUCAACCCUGUAACAUACAUCUGUUUUAUAGGAUUAUUUUAGAUGCCCUUUGGAUACCAAUCUCAAAUCUACCAUUUUAGCUACUCAUCGUUUCUGUUCAAACGUUAUUAUCCAAGUUGGUUAUUGCUACUUAGGUAAAAGGUAAAAGAGGUUAUUGCAGUUAUGUUGGUUGUUCAUACUUGGAACAUUUUUUUAUAUAGAGUUGACCAGUAUGUCUCUUUGAAACUUAGAUGUUUGUCGUACUCAAAAUAACAUGUAAUAUAUAUGAAUCUUUUCGGAUAUUGUCCUUUCGCUUUCCAUGACUUUACCCUACUCUUAAUUAUUUAUGCCUUUUACCCCACCCGGAGCAAACGUCUACAAAAAAGUGUCCACUCAUUUCAGUCCUGUGCUUUUCUUUCAAGUUGCCUCCAGGUGUAUCCCAUACUUUGUGUGUCGGUCUCUAGCUCGCCUCUCCAUAUAUUCUUUGGCAUUCCUUUCUUUCUUUUUUUCCAUGUGGAUAUUCCAUGUCAGGGAAUGUCUGGUGAUAUUAUCUGAAGGUUUGCGGAGAUAAGCCCGAACCACCCACAUAUUUUCCUUACGAUGUCUUCAGCAAUAGGCUCCAUGUAUAUUCUUUCCAUUAAGUCUUUAUUGGUGAUGGUGUUUGGCCAUUUCAUGUGUAGGAUCUUUCUAAGGUAAGUGUUUAGGAAUGUCUGUACUUCCUGCUUAAUGCUCGCUGUUAUCAUCUUAGAGCCAAUAAAAACCUAUAGCUCACAGUUUCUUGAGGUUCUAUGUAAUUAUCUAAAGCUGUUAGUCACUCACCACUCGGUCACAUAAGCAUUUCAAUGUGAUACACAUUUAUCGAGUUACAUAAUCUGAUUAAUUCAUGAAGCACGCAACCAGGCAUACUACAGUUUUUAAUUGAAACUCUUUAUGCCCCUAUUGCAAUUUUGUUGUGACAGAUCUCUGCUUAAAUUCGUGUCCUUGCAGGUUAUUUGAUCACCUAAUUCCAUGCACUGGAAUGUUUGGAACAAAUUCAGCUGAUGUGUCGAUUAAGGGAAGAUGCGAUGAAUUUAAGGAAGGCGAUUAUUCGUAUUUUACAGAAUAUGUCAAAAAGUUUUUAUCAACACCCGUGGCUGCAGCAGGCAUCAACUUUAUCGAGCAUGAUGAGUUCGAUUUCAUGCAAGUUCACUACGCUACAUACAAAACCAGGUGUAUCGCUCUUCUUCAAACUCCUUUAAAUUUCGAUUUUUCAAGACUCCCCCUCCCUGAUGAUGUAGUGGGAAGGAUACUACGCUGUAAAUCUCGAUGUUGCUACCGGCUUCUGAAUAAAAGAAAUAAUCAACCAAUUGAGAUUCCGAAAUUUCAAACUGCAUCCAUGUUCAGCUUCUCAAGGACCAACGAGCAAACUACGAGCCAAGGGUAUCCCAAAUCGAUGACUUUAGAAAAUAGUCACGCAAAAUCUCUAAGAGAAAAUGAUCAGAGCUUCAUAUCAAUAACCGUUGGAGUCAUCGCGGUCAUUCUCUCAGCUAUGCUUGUUAUUGUCGUAAUCGUAUGUUAUCGACGAAGACGAAACGAAAAACUAUUGACGGUCACACAGCAAAGAACACAAGAAAAAAUCACCGACAGCUCUGAUAAUCUUGGUGUGUUACAGCCCUUUGCCAGACAGGCAACUGAAGACAACCCAUAUUGUGCUCUAGACCAAGACAGCAGAAUAAGCUGUCACGAGUAUGUCCCUCUGUCGGUAAAGAAAUCUAAAUUGUUGGCUGUAAAACCCAAACAAGGCAAGCCAUCGCCCAUAGCUACAGGUCCAUCAACGAUUAGUGGCACAAAUGCUGCCAUCAGUAGAAUCAACUCUGGUCAACAAGGUGCUUCUUCGGAUCAAAACAGUUCAGAAUACAUUCACGUCCUUGAUGACUACACUUACAUUCUUUGCGACAAUGGUGGAAGGUAUACGAAUGUUUCGGACAGUGGCGUAGCUAAGGGGAUGCGGGGGGGGGGGGCACCGGGUAACAUCAUCUAAGGGGGUGACACCAAAUUGAAAAUUCUAUAUUUACAGAACAUACGCUUCUUGGUCUAACAGAAUUUCAUAAAAUGAUAACUGAUCACACAUGCAUUUUCCUUCCAAACAUGUAACCAAUCCAAAUGAUAAUAUCCUUCACCAUGAUUUUGAUCAACUGAUUAACAGGCUUGCAGCUUUGAAGACCAGGGGAGGAAAAAUUUAAAUCAAGUAAAUUUAAUGUCAAAAUAACUAUAGUCCAAAUGAUUGGGCAUUCAAAGAAAGAAGCCUUUCUGUGGCGCAAACCAACCAAUCGACAAGCCAACGAACACCAACCAACAAAAGAACAGUUACGAACAAACUCACAUUUUGAUGUUUACAGUAACAUAUAUAUUGUUUUAGAACUUCACAUUUCUGGUGUACGAUCACUUGUGUAUAUAAAAUAACAGUUUUGUAUUGAAAUAACUUCAAUAAAUAUUCAUGACUGAGUUGUUUUUUUUGCGUGUGAACAUCUGUUCAUUCUCUAUCUUUAAAGCAAAAUAAG